GAGAGGAAAAAAAAUAUCGGACAGAAAAGCGACGCGAAAAAAAAAAACAGUAAAAGACGGGUAGAAGAGAUAUUUAAAGACAUAUUUGUCUAAAAGAGGAGCAAAGAAGUAUAACAACAUUGACAAACACACGCUAAUCUAGGUAAAUUCUCCCUCGUUUUGAAGGAAGCCGAUUUGAGAACUCCAGGAAAUUUCAGUGGGACGCCCAACUUACUGCUGUCCCACGUUAACUAUCUUUUCGUUGUGCUGAACUUUGCUGUUUGAGACUCAUUGUUGUUGCACUGUCACAGAUUCAUUGGACAGGAGGUAGUAUUCCUGGGCAAAAGGCAGGACUUCAGCUUAAGUUCAAAACACCACAGUUGCUAGCAUGCCUCUCCACAAAUCAUCUCGAACCCCCCGUCUGGACCCCACAAUGAUCUCCGCUCCACUGGGUGAUUUCCGUCACACCAUGCACAUUGGUCGUGGUGGGGACGCUUUUGGUGACACCUCCUUUCUGUCCAGCCAUGGCCCCUCUAGUCCUAAUCCCAACUCUGUUUCACCAGCAGCCACUGUAGAGACCACAGAGUUUCAGAUGAACCAUGGUGAAAAUGAACGGACGGAAGAGACCCGACCAAGUCAGCUUCAACAUUCAGAUUCAGUGUCCUCCUUUGACCUCGACUUGGAUUUAGGGCCAUCCAUUUUAGGAGAUGUACUGGGAGUGAUGGAUGGACUGACACUGGGCUCUGAUUGGACAGGGGACAGAGACAGUGAGGAGGUGUUUAUUUCUGGCAAGAACACAAUGGAUGUCAUGAUGUCACAAAAGAGUGCUGAAAAUAACUUGAAUAAAUGGAAGAGAAUGGAAAGUAUGACCAAAGAGGUGUGCCAAAUAGAUGAGCAACUAAAUGAGGUGAAUGGUGUGAAAUCAAAAGGGCUCAGGCCCAAAGUGCGAUUCAGCGACAAACGGGAUGAGAUCAUUGGUCGACAAGAUGUAAUUGAGGGGCUAGAUGUGGAAGGUGAGGAAGACAUGUGCUUGAGACCAAGAAACGGGAUGCAGGAGAUCAGUGGGAGAACUCCUUGUGACAAAGACCCAGGACAACCUGAGCUGAGUAAUCGGAGGCUGGACAACACUCCAAGCCCCUCUUCUUCAGUGAGCUCAGAAUAUGAGGGAGUCUCGCCAUUGGACAGGAGGAGAAAAGGCCAGCAUGUUUCAGAAACAGAUUCAGAAGAGGAGGGGGCAAAUGGACAACAAGGAUACACUUUUGAGGAUGAGUUUGAUGAUGAGAUUGGCUUAUAAGGACAUUUAAGGACCAAAAACAAGUUGUGUUAUUGGCAUCGUUGAUGGGUCAUGGCAUGUAACAGAUCUCUUAUUAUCAUGAUUCUUAAAAAAUUCAAAAAAUUGGGAGCAUUUUCUACAUGAGGCAAUAACUGGACUAGUUGGAAUUUUUACAAUGAAGUUUACAAUGGUAUUUGCUCAUAAUUGGAUACACUUACAGUUUUGUC